AUGGAGGAGCCAAUAGUCCGCCUGAUGAAGGACGUGGCCGGGAAGAACUUUCAGAAGCUGGCUGUGGAGUUGCUGCCGCAGUACUCCGCGCUCACCAGCAAGUCAGGAGGCCUUCUCGCUCGGGAAACCUUGAGUGGGAUUCAAGGAGCCCUGCACAAAGGGAACGUAAAGGAUGUGGUGGGCAUGCUUCAAGAAGCACUGAGUGCAGCAGAAAAUGCGCUCUUGCAGGUGGCGGUGAUCGGGGAAUCGGGGGCGGGCAAGUCCAGCCUCAUCAAUGCCCUGAGAGGCCUCGGUCACGAAGAAGAGGGGUCCGCUAGGGUGGGGGUUGUGGAGACCACCAUGAAGAAAACCCCCUAUCAACACCCCAAAUAUCUCAAUGUGAUCUUCUGGGAUCUCCCUGGGACCGGCACUCUCGAAUUCAGCCCAGAGUCUUAUCUGGAAACCGUGCAGUUUUCUCAGUAUGAUUUCUUCCUCCUCGUUUCUUCCUCUCGUUUCACGCACAAUGAUGCCAUGCUGGCCCAGAAGAUCACAGAGAUGGGGAAGAACUUCUACUUCCUCAGAAGCAAGGUGGAUAGUGACUUGUACAACGAGCAGAGAACCAAGCCCAAGUCCUUCCAAAAGGAGCGAGUUCUCCAGCAGAUUCGAGACAACUGCCUGGAAAACCUCAGCAGCCUCGGUGUGCCGGAUCCCUGUAUCUUCCUGAUCUCCAACUUUGAUCUCGAAGAUUUUGACUUCCCCAGACUGGAGGAGACCUUGCUGAGGGACCUGCCUGCCCAUAAGCGACACACUUUUGUGCUCCUGUUGCCCAAUUUCUGCAAGGAGUACAUUGACAUGAAGAAAGAGUUCCUCCAAGGGGAGAUCUGGCUGGAAGCCCUGAAGUCAGGGGUCCUAGCCCUCAUCCCCUUCAUGCCUUUCGCCAGCGGCUUUGAUCUGCCCGAGCAAGAAAAGUGCUUGAAGCUUUACCGAGACUAUUUUGGUUUGGAUGAUAAGUCCCUUGAAGAGAUCGCUCAGAAGUUGGGUGCCACUGUGGAGGCUCUCAAGAGAGACACGAAGUCUACGGAUUUCUGGGCCCUUGUUCGGGAUGACAGCAUAGGAGCCAAAGCCAUGCGCUGUGGAGAAGCCAUCUGUUCCGUGGAUGGAGGGGUUCCAUCUGCGGUCUUGCAGUUUCUGAAAAACUACUUUCUGCGCCGGAAAUUCCUCGACACCGUGGCCGAGGAUGCCCUGCUUCUUAUGCAGAAGAUGAAGUAA